GUUUUCACUCCUCAGUCUCUCCCACGGACACUUCCGUCUAAAACAUGUCUCUCCGAUGGCUUAUUCCCUUAAUAGUCGUUGCCGUUCACGCCAGGGUAUAUCCGCCCGAAGUGUUCCAUGACGACCACGACUUCCAUAUGUCAACCGAUACAAAGUUUGGAUGGCUGUCUUGGAAUGGAAGCAGGCAACUUGCAUCAACUUCAUGGAAGUGUCUAAAGGGUACAGUGGCCCGCACCUGAAGAUACAGAGACAUUCUGAUGACUGCAGGUCCUUCAUUGGCAUGGUAUCCACAACUGGUCAAGACUUUUAUAUUUCUAAGGACUGCGAGAGUCAGCAUGGCGAGUUGCUGCACUUGCUUGGUUACGCAGUCGGAUUUUGGCCAGAGGAGACUCGCUCAGAUCGUAAUUAUUAUGUCCAGAUUAAUGAUGACAACGUUCUGACACCUGUGGUGGACAACUUCCCCAUUAUUUCUGAUAAUAACUACAGCGUCCCGUUCGACUACUGUUCUAUUAUGUUUCACCAUGAACGGGCUUUCACGGAUAAUGGCGGAAUAACAAUAGCCACAUUAGACCCUUUAUACCAAGGGGUUCCAUAAAUGGGACCUUCUGUGAUACUGUUCAUUCUGCCUAUGGCGAACAGUGUCUAUCAUCAUAUUCAGAGACUAUUACCUCGGAAACUUCCAUCUCAUCACCAAGCUCACCAGAUUUACCCUCAGAAGUAAAAUUUACCAAGGUCAUUGAGGCCCCAGAAUGCUAUCUAGUAAAGGCAAGCUUUACGACCUUUAAUAUCUACCAGAAGACGAACUAUUACGUCACGGAUUCCACUACAAUAAAUGUCUGCUGGUAUGACGGCUUAGAGAUACGAACGGACGACUUGUAUGAUGGUACUUGGUACUGCGGGACUGAGCUCACUGGACAGACUGUCACUUCUACAAACAAUAAGAUGAUUCUUUACUUCAAGUCUAAACUGAACUUCAUGCCGGGAUGGACAGCGAAUUUUACCUUCAUAGAAGACCCUGCUUGCACAACCACCUCCACUACCACCUCUACGUCCAGCUCUACUUCCACCAGUACCUCUACUUCCACAUCUACCUCCACUAGUACCUUUACCUCUACAUCUACCUCCACUAGCACGCCUACUUCCACAUCAACCACAACACCCUCCCCCGGUGACUGUACAAUUAGUACAUCAGGUGAUAUCGUUUCCUUCCAAUCCCCUAAUUACCCAAGUGAUUAUCCGGAUAACAUAGUCUGUACUCUUCCACCGUCAUACAUG